AUGGAAUAUGAUACCAAUGAUACGUGGCGAAGAUCGUCGUCUCCAAAAUUCGAGGAUAAGAAAUGUAAACCCUUACCAAGAAGGUCAACCACUACAGCCGUUAUCGUCUUAGGCUUAGCUGUUUUGAGCUGUCUAAUGGGCUACUGUGUUUUGAGUGAAACAUUGCCGUAUGAGUCAAAAACUCUACGUCUUGUUAUUAUUUUGUUUCGCCAUGGGGCCAGGGCUCCUGUGUCUUCUUACAAAAGCGAUCCGUUUAAAAACUAUCAAUGGCCUGAUGGUCUUGGAAGUUUGACUAAUGCAGGCAAAGUUCAGUUAUAUGAGCUUGGCAGAAAGUAUCGCAUGUAUUAUGCUAACUUCAUUCCUGAGGAGUACCAAGAAAAGGAUGUUUACAUACGGAGCAGUGACUCUUCACGUUGUCUAAUGAGUGCUUACACUUUCUUAGCUGGUUUAUAUCCACCAUCGGAAAGGCAAAUUUGGCACCCUGAACUACUCUGGCAGCCUAUUCCAGUACAUUCAUUGCCUAGAGAGCUUGACAAUGUUGUAGCUGCAACAAAGUCAUGUAACUCUUGGAAGACCAUGUACCAAGCUCUAUUGGCUGAAAAUAAUGCUGAUCCAAAGUAUGCAGAGUUAUUUGAUUCUUUGAGCAAAUACACCAAUCAGAGUAUGCGAAGUAUUUUAGAUGUAGAUUUCCUGUUCAGUACACUGCAGGCUCAACAGGAAGCAGGUUUAAAAUUACCGGAAUGGACACGGAAUGUGUUUCCUACUAAAAUGAAACAACCAUUCAUGCUUAGCUUGGCUUUGUUGUCAUACAAUGAGAGUUUGCAAAGGUUACAUACAGGUCCAUUACUCAAUAAUAUUAGGACCCAUCUCCAAGAAGCAGUGACGCACACAAACAUGGAUAGAGCAUUGUACAUUUAUUCAGGGCAUGAUGUUAAUUUGGUGUCCUUAAUGCGAGCCUUGGGUCACACUGACUUGUUGGAACCGGAGUAUGGUGCUAGUAUAUUGCUUGAGUUACAUGAAGAAGUAGAACAGGACACAUUUUACAUUAAAUUGUUCUAUCGUAACAAUACUAAGGUAGAAGUACCAAUGGAAAUAAGGAUCCCGUUUUGUACCGAACCCUGUACUUAUGAGAAAUUUAUUGAACAUCUUGGAACAUUGAUACCAACUGAUUGGGAAGGAGAGUGUCAGAAUUGA